GGUUAGGUGUUCAUAUAAUAUAACGUAAGAUGGUAACCAUAUUAGCUGCUUUACCAGUAUAUACCAUCUAUGUUUUUACUGAAAUUGUUAUUAUUCAUUGAUUUGUUUCUUUAUUGUAGAAAUUGAAAAAGCGAGCUGUGGUGACCCUGGAACACCUCUGUAUGGUAUUCGAGAAGGGGAUGGUUUCUCCAAUGGAGAUGUGUUAAGAUUUGAAUGCCAAUUUGGAUUUGAAUUAAUAGGUCAGAAGUCAAUAACUUGCAAAGAAAAUAAUCAAUGGUCAGCCAAUAUACCAAUAUGUAUCUUUCCAUGCUUAUCAAAUUUUACUGCACCAAUGGGGACAGUUCUCUCUCCAGACUAUCCAGAAGGCUAUGGAAACAAUUUGAACUGCAUUUGGACUAUAAUAUCUGAUCCAGGGAGUCGGAUCCAUCUGUCAUUUAAUGACUUUGACUUGGAAUCUCAGUUUGACUUUCUUGCUAUUAAGGAUGGUGAUUCUUUGGACUCACCAAUAUUGGGAACUUUCACAGGUGCUGAAGUCCCGUCCCACCUUACCAGUAACAGUCAUAUAAUCCGCCUGGAAUUCCAAGCUGACCAUUCAAUGUCUGGACGAGGUUUCAAUAUUACAUAUAGCACAUUUGGUCACAAUGAAUGCCCUGAUCCUGGAGUUCCAUUAAAUGCUCGUCGUUUUGGGGACAACUUUCAGCUGGGAAGUUCUGUAUCAGUUGUCUGUGAAGAAGGCUUCAUCAAGACUCAGGGCACUGAAACCAUUACUUGCAUGCUGAUUGAUGGGAAAAUUAUGUGGAGUGGUCCAAUACCAAAAUGUGAAGGUCUGUGGCCUCCAUUAUUUUAUUGUUUCAAGAUUUUUAAUCUUUGAUCUUAAACUGACUUUUGUACAUCCAAAUGUUGCAAGUUCAGA